GAUGUACUGUAUGGUGACUAACAUACCACAAUAAAAAAACUGCUGGCUCGACCCAGAAAAGAGAUUUAUAUGGAACUUCCUUGGGCCAGUCUGCACCAUCUUCUCUGUCAAUUUAAUUUUCGUUCUGAUGACCCUCCGGAUUUUGAAAAGCAAACUGUCUUCCCUCAACAGUGAUGUAUCCACCCUCCAGAACACAAGGAUGCUGACAUUUAAGGCCACAGCUCAACUUUUCAUUUUGGGCUGCACCUGGUGCCUGGGCAUCCUGCAGGUGGGUCCAGCUGCCCAUGUCAUGGCUUACCUCUUCACCAUCAUCAACAGCCUGCAAGGCUUCUUCAUCUUCUUGGUGUACUGCCUCCUCAGCCAGCAGGUCCGGGAACAAUAUAAGAAAUGGUUCAAAGGGAUCAGGAAAACAAGAGCUGAGUCUGAGAAAUACACACUGUCCAGCAAGGCCAUGUCUGAUGCCUCCAAAUCCAGCAUGAGGAAAGAUCAUAUGAGGACACAGGGUGCAGGCAGCCAUCUACAAGUCAGGAGAGAGCUCUUGCCAGAAACCAACACUGCCGACAUAUUGACCUUGGAAUCCAGCCUCCAGGAAAAAUUUGAGAAAAAAAUUUCUGUGGUUUAUGACACCUCUUUAAUGCUAUAUUAUUAUGGCAGUGCUCAAUUUUACUACACACGGACAUGGGGAAAACAAAGAAAAUGUAAAAAUGCAAAGAAAAUCACCAUAAUUCCAUCAGAGAGUAGUGGAACAUUUUGGGUAUGUUUUUCUCAUCUUUUAAAACAUCAGGAAUAUUUACUUUGUCAAUAAAUGUGUAUCUCAGACUGUGUUGAGUAUUGCUGAAGAAUAAAAACACCUUGGUUCUAGACCUGCCAGGGUUUAGGAUUGUUGGGGUUGCAUGAGGGAGAGCUUUGCCGUGAUGGGAUACUUAUCUAAUUUAUUGCACGGACAGUUACAGGAACCCACACAUGUGAUAAAAUGUCACAAAACUGUACACUCCCAUUGUGCUAAUGUCAGUUUCUUGGUUUAGAUAUUUGACUACUGUUACAUAAGAACCCAAAUACAUAAAAUAUAUCUUUUGCAGGAAGCCAGGGGAAGGACC